AUGUCUAUAAUCUGUUGUGGAACUAAAGCUACUCGACUGCCCUCUUACAAAUUGCAGCAAACACCUCCUUGGAUUUUAAGCGUAUUGUUUGCACUCCAGCACCUGGUAGUUCAAGCCUCCCUGCUGUGCACCUGCCACUUCCUGCUUCUCCAGAGUCGCCCCCUACAGCUACAGGAUCAGAGCCAGCUACUCGCCAGUAGCCUGUUCACGUGUGGCAUUACUACAAUUCUGCAAAGCAGUCUGGGAACCAGGCUGCCUCUAGUGCAAGCACCCACCUUUGAACUGCUUAUUCCAGCGCUGAUUCUCAGCAAACAAACUGUUUUAAAUAGAACAUCAAAUAAUGAGACACAGAGAUCCUUGAUCUGUACAGGUUCUGAUUGUGAACAGCUCCAGAAUGGACCUCAUUCAGUUAGUGAGGUAUCAGGAGCCCUAUUAGUUACAGGACUGCUACAGUUGCUGUUCGGUGCUACAGGGCUUUGGGGUUGGAUCCUUCAACAUUCUGGACCCAUGGUGAUAGCGCCCACUCUUUCCAUCAUUGGUCUCUCUUGUUUCAAGCAGGCAACUUUUUGCUGCUCCUCAAGCUGGGGCAUUGCAUUACUUCUCAUCUUUAUAACUGGGUUGCUGUCACAGAAUUUGCACUCUUGUCACAUUCCUAUUUAUUCUUGGGAACUGAAAAGACGAACUGACAGAAGAUAUGUGCCAGUGCUACGCAUGCUUUCGAUGUUGCUACCAAUUGCCUGCAUCUGGAUCGUGUUCAUCAUUCUGAAAAUAGUCAUUAAGCGCAAAGAGGUUGAAAGUGCUAUCAGACUUGUACAGAAUCAGUCAACACUCAUCACAGCCAACAGUUCUAGUUCUGUCACUGGCUUUGGUGUGGAAUUAGAAUAUAUCCCUUGGUUUCAAAUUCCAUCGCUGGGUGGCUUUGGUUGGCCUCAGUUUAAUUUCCAGACACUGACUGUGGGAAUUGCUAUGACUGUAACUUCCAGCUUGUCUUCUCUGGGCUGUUAUAUUUUGUGCUCUCGGGUUAUGUCGAGCCCACCCGUUCCCUCUCAUGCUUGCAACCGGGGGAUCUCCAUGGAAGGUGUAGGGAAUAUCUUGUCGGGAGUCCUUGGAAGCAUUUGUGGUGUAGGAUCCAGCAUUACUAAUGCGGGCAUGGUAGGACUCACACAGGUGGGAUCUCGGCACCCUGUGCAGAUCAGUGCAGUACUGUUUGUGAUCCUGGGCUCCUCUCCUAAGAUGUCAGAAAUCUUGAUGAGCAUUCCUCUUGCUGUGCAUGGUGGAGUUCUAUGUCUCACUUAUUCAGUAGCAGUGGGUGCUGGAGUAUCCUAUUUUCAGUAUGCAGAUAUAGACUCCGGAAGAAACAUCUUUAUUGUAGGCUUUGCCAUGUUUAUGGCACUAUUAAUCCCGAGGUGGCUGGUGGCACAUCCAGGACAUCUGGUCACCGGUUGGGAGCCUUUCGAUUUAUUCCUGCUCUCCCUUUUAACGGUUCCUGUUUUUAUGUGUGGCUUGCUCUCUUUCAUCCUGGAUAACACUGUCACAGGAACCCUGCGGGAGCGAGGACUAGAUACCAAUUUCACAUCCUGUCUUCCUGUGCUAUCAAAGGGAAUAACCAAGGGCCAGCAAGAUGAACUGGCAGAAGCUUAUGGCCUCCCAUGUGGACUGUCUUCUUUCUUUCCAACUGUUUAUCCAUGCAACCAGCUAUGCCCCCCACAACUUGAGAUAGUCACAAUCAUUGAGGGAGAAGAGGACAAACUAUUAUCAAAACCUGUAACUGACUCAUAGUGAAAAUAAGGCAAACAGACAUAUCUGAAAUCAACGUUGAAAUACAAACACUAUGGACCACAAUCCUCUUGGACAAAUUUUAGUCCUAGCUCUGUUAACACAUUUGGAUAAAGCACAGAGACUCAUUCUCUCUCACAACUACUACAAGUUCAGCAUAUAAAACAAGAUCCUUAUUAAACAGGCAUUCCAUAAGAUAACAAACAAGGCAAUAUAUCAUUCCCUAUUUCAUUUAAAAGCCAAUAAUUAUAAACUAUGCUUAAUACGAAAGAUUCCUUUUUAAAAGGAAAAAAAGCUGUGUAAAGGGCCAUUAUAAUGGAAAGAUUACAUACUCUAAUUUGUUAGAGUAUGUCAUUUCAACACUGGACACUUUACAAUGCUAUCACCUAGAUUACUAGUGGCACGCAAACAGUAGCGCAAGUGCACUAUGUU